AUGGGUGACGGACCCAAAGGCCGAGACUUGGUAAUCCAACAUGGUGUCCUUCAUGCUCUCCUACCCUUGGUUAUCUCAGCUCAUCUGUCCAUAUUUUCCAGUGCCUACCUGGCAAACAUUGCCUGGACACUCGCCAGCCUGUGUCGACACAAGGAUCCCCCUCCCCUGGAAGACGUGCAGCAGAUGCUCCCUGCUCUGGGGAAACUUCUCCACAUUGAUAACAGGCUGGUCCUGGCCGACACCUGCUGGGCUCUGUCAUAUCUGACGGACGGCUCCAAUGAAAGGAUUGAGGUGGUAGUGAAGGCUGGAGUUGUCCCUCGUCUCAUACAGCUUCUGGCCUGCGAGGAGUUCUCCAUUUUGACUCCAGCUCUGAGUUCGGUUUGCAACAUUGUGACUGGAACCGAUGAGCAGACCCAGUGUGUGCUGAACGCAGGUGCCCUGGCAAUGCUCCCGCGCCUACUGAGACACCCCAAACAUUGCAUCCAUAAAGAGGUGGCCUGGACCGUGUCCAUCAUCACUGCCGGCAAGAGCAGCUGGAUUCAGGAAGUUAUUAAUGCCGGCCUGAUACCCUUCCUGGUGGAGAUACUUCAGCAGGGAGAUCAUGCAACCCGGAAUGAGGCUGUGUGGGCUCUCCAAAAUUACACCAGUGGGGGAACAGCCCAAGUGGCCUACCUCAUUCACUGCAAUGUGUUGGAGCCUUUGCUCAACCUGUUGACUGUUAGAGACCCCAGCAUGGUCCUGGUGAUCCUGGAGACUCUCUUCAAUAUUUUAGAGCAUGACAUUUGUGUUGGGAUCUGGAGAUCUGCCACCUUUCUCCAGCAGAGAGCGCCCUGGGUCUCCUGAGCUGAAGCCACCUGCACACCUGAGGCUGAUUCAUCUCAUCAGGAGACCAGCUACUUAAGCAGCGGCUUGACUUCUCUUCAGCGCCGGAGUGUUGACC